GCCCCGGAUGUUGGCUCGGCCGCUGAGCGAGAGGCGAAGUGGGGAGAAGGCAGGCGGAGAGAGAGAAGCAGUGAAGGGACGCCACGGCACCGCAGGCACACCGGCGAACCUUCAGCGGCUCUUUGCCCGGGAGGACAAGCGUUUGAGUACGCGGCGGACACCCUCGGGAAACACCCCCCCCCCCCCCGGACCACGGACGGUUGAAGGUUGGAGCAGUUAAGUGCGAAACUACCGCGAGGAUUACGGAGACCACCGUCAACAUCAGCUCUCUCUCUCCCCCCCCCACCCCCCACCCGACACACAUACACACACAAUUCGCCUUGGAGAAGACAGCAUGCUGAUGUCCUGAUUUGAGGGUCCAGACUUCAGCUUAUCACCCCCACCUGCUCCUCUCCCUACCAGUCAGUCAAUCAAGUCCCUACAGAGUUCACCGGUUUACCUUCAGGCUUUAGGGUUUACCCUCCCCACCCCCUCUUCCUGCUGCCCAGCCUGUCGUCACCAUGACGUCGGAGCUGGAAAGUAGCCUGACCUCUAUGGAUUGGCUUCCUCAACUUACUAUGCAGGCAGCCAUCCGCAAGGCCGACAGCCAGCACGGCCAUGGGCCAGGCAUGGGCAAGAAGAGCACCCUUCUGGAUCCCAACACCACGUUGGACCAAGAGGAGGUGCAGCAACACAAGGACGGCAAGCCGCCCUACAGCUACGCAAGCCUCAUUACCUUCGCCAUCAACAGUUCGCCAAAAAAGAAGAUGACGUUGAGCGAGAUCUACCAGUGGAUCUGUGAUAACUUUCCCUACUACAGAGAGGCAGGAAGUGGCUGGAAGAACUCGAUACGGCACAAUCUGUCAUUGAACAAAUGUUUUCUCAAAGUGCCUCGGUCCAAAGAUGACCCGGGAAAGGGCUCUUACUGGGCCAUUGACACCAACCCAAAGGAGGAUGCCUUGCCGACGCGACCCAAGAAACGGCCGCGGUCCGGAGAGCGGGCAUCUACGCCAUACAGCCUGGAGUCGGAGUCUUUGGGGAUGGAGUGUAUGAUCUCUGGAAGUGCCUCUCCAACGCUGGCAAUCAACACUGUGACUAACAAGGUGGCACUGUACAACACGGACCAGGAAGGGAGCGACAGUCCGAGAAGCAGCCUUAACAACAGUCUGUCCGAUCAGAGCCUGGCCUCCGUCAAUCUCAACAGUGUGGGCAGCGUGCACAGCUACACGCCGGUGACCAGUCACCCCGAACCUGUAUCCCAGUCUCUGGGCCUCCAGCAGCCCCAGUCCCAGUACAACAUGCCCGACAGAGACAAGCAGCUCAUGUUCUCUGAAUUUGAAGAUCUCAGUGCCUCCUUCCGCAGCCUUUACAAAUCCGUCUUUGAGCAGUCUUUCAGCCAACAAGGUCUGAUGGGAAUACCUCCAGAUGCGUCACAACAGACCCACACGUCCUGCUCCUAUCAGCACUCCCCCAGCGGCGCCGUCAGCACGCAGAACAACCUGUCCAACAACCAGCCCAACAGCCACUCCAACAACAGCGGCCAGGUGCCCCUCUCCCACCCGGCCCAAGCCCACCCCGGACACGGCUCCCCGCAUGCGCAGCACCUUCCGCAGCACCCCGGCCCGCACAACCAGCACCCGCAGCACGGCCAGCACCCGCAGCAGCACCCGUCCCACGGCCACCACCCGCAGCAUCCCGCCCAACACCCGCAGCACAGCCAACACCCUCCACAGCAUCAGAGCCUCUCCCACCAGCCGCAUCCUGCCCAGCAGCAGAUGGCCUGCAAUCCAGGUUUACUUUCUGACUGGUACCCCAAUCUGGACGCACUGAAAGAAAGCUGCCGCAUUGCGAGCAGCUACAACUGGGCUGAUGUGGACCUGUCACCUUUCCAAGGAUUGCGAGAAAGUAUGAGGCAGGCAGAAUUGAACAACUGGUCGCUGGAGCCCACACAGAUUGCCGACCUGUGCUCGUCCAUCAACCAGUUCUUCGCCCGCACCGGCGUCAUCCAGCCGCAGGGGACCGUGCAGCCGGCCGUCUGCCACGCGCCCAUGCACCCAAACAAACCCAGCCAGCACAUCGGCACAGGAAAUCUCUACAUGGACUCCAGACAGAGCAUGUCAAUGAUGGGUCCCCCAGGGUAUCCGCACAUGCCCCCCAUGAGCAGCACAGGACCCACUAUGACUGCACACCACCCGCAGAUCAACCAGCAGCAUAUGAUGCCGAGCAGAAAUUUCCAGAUGCAUCGCAUGCCGGCCGAUGACAUCCAGGAUGAUUUCGACUGGGACUCCAUUGUGUAGCUGCCUCCUUUUUUCUUUUUUCUCUCCCCCCCCCCCCAAACAAAAGGAGCGGAGAGCGAUGAGAGAAGGAGGAGGUGGAAGCAAGAGGAAAUCAAGCUAGGCUAAAAAAGGCCACAGGAGGGGGAGGAUAUGGAGGAAGAGCACCCCCCUCAUCCUUGCCCACCCACCCUCCUUACUCCCCUUCUAAGUGGGUGAACGUUAGACGGGCUGCCCUGAGACAUUUUUACAUAACCAGAAAAAGACAAUCAUACUAGUGGGACAGGAUCAUGUACGUCUCCAGUCCCUCUCGCUCCCACCACCCUUACCAGGGGCCUUCCGAAAACCCCCUGCAAACCACCCCUCGCCCCCGCCCCGUUUGGCCCCACUUUUAGCCACUCCACCAUUGUUCUGUGAUUUUGAGCUAGUGAUUCUUCUUCUCGUGUUGGCCUCAGCUGCCUUGUGGAUGGGUUUAGUGCUGUCUCUCUCUUUUCUUUUUUUAAUUAAUCUUUUUAUUGUUUUGUAAAAGAAACGCAGGCCGCCUCUGUGAGUCGUGACUGCGCGCUCGGCGGUGGAGGAGGGCCCCUCCGUGCGGCUGGCAGCGACGUUUGGAUUACGCUGGCUGAGGUUUUGAACAGGGUGUAUAAAAAUAAAGGGCCUUCGGGCCUUCUGUUAUCCAUAGAAAACCAUCGAAUGAAAGCCAAUCAAUGUGAUUAUACAAAGGAGUGUUUGGGCCAUAUUGAAAGGAAAAAAAAAAGGUAAAAUUACAGGGAAAAAAAAAGUCAGCCAAGGGUUGCAAAAGGUUUAUUUUGAAUUUUAAUUCAAGUCAUUGUGGUGUGUGUGUGAUAGCAACAGGAUACCAAAAGUUAUGUUUGUUUCGUUCCUGAAGGUGUAGGCACAUCCGUAUAUCCGUCAUUCUAUCCAUCAAUAUUCCCUUUGAAGUAGUGCUUCCCAACUUUUAUUGAGCCAACGUAUACAUUUUAAAUCUCAUAGGAUGCGCCCAAAUGAAAAUCUACUAAAAUAAUAAUGAUCUGGUUUCAAUUCACUCAGACGAAUCUGGGCCAGUUUAUUGAACACAUAGCUUAUAUCCUUGUUAUAUGAAAGGCAGCUUUAUGUCGGAAAAUAUAGAUGAAGAGACAUUAUAAUUCUAUAAUAUAAUUUUUGUAGUAAAAGUAAAAUUGGAUAAUGUCCGGCUCGCGCAGUGGUUGGGAAUAACUGCUUAAGGGAUGGCCAUGGUUAUCAAUAAAUUGAUGCUUAAGAAUGAACGGUUGAUUAGUCAUGUCUGGAAGCAAUUGAGACAAAAUAGAGUUCCUCUUCUGACUACACCUCGUCAAUACACUGUCAGUCAUCAUCGACUUCACGCCCAUGCAGGCACUUUUCUUACAAUUUUGUGCCUGCCGUUCUAAUUGAUUUUCUUAAAAUCAGUCGAGAGAACGUUUUCCCGUGGUGAUCGAGGACAAUACCCACCCCUCAUUCCUUUUUAGAUCUAGCAGCCUAUUGAUCAUAAAAGGGGUCAUUCAUAACAGCUAAGUCAAGCAGCACGCAAAGAAACGCUUAAAAUCUACUUCUGAAAUUAAAACAGGAUCCUCUCGCUGGCGUAUUCGCAAUAAGAAAAUGGCGCAAAUGUCAGUCUGGUUAGAAUGAGGCAGAAAUCUUUUGCGUUAGCGUAAAAUACUCCACUAAGAUUUCUUCUGGAUUCCAGAUGGUCCAUCCUUAAAAUACGUCUAUUCACAGUAGAGCCAACAAGGCAAAGAGAUCACGAAAGCUUCGUUCGACAUUUACUCGCAGACGCUAAGCUAUCCAAUUCACCUGCAGCGGCUGCUUGGUCAGUGGGCAGCGAGCAUGCGGGUGAAGCAGGCUGAGGAGUCGGCUUAGGGAUAGGGCCGAGUUAGUUUUGCAGUAAAGCUUUUGAUUUAUUUUCAGUCACGUUAUUGGUCGUUUUGUGUCCGCCGUAUUGAUCUGGAGGAUACGCUCUGCUUGAAACUGAGACUACCAGACUGGCGUUUGAUCAUUUUCUCCAUAUAACUGUAAUCGCGUCAUCGGUUCUUUUAAAUUUUCCAAUCCUGUUGCAUGUGCUAAGAUGGAGGGUAAACAGUUAAUAACGGUACAGAAAAACAUGGAGUGUAGUGUCCAAAAUGAACCAUAUUGAUCUCAACCACCACCUAAUUGUGUGCCAUAAUACAUACACGUAUGGAAAAAUUCUUCACAACUAAGCUAAGAUGAUCUGAAACAGCAUGUACAUUGCCCAUCAUGGACCUCAAGGCUCGAUAGCAGUUGGUAUCGGGAGAGACGGCUGCCAUUGCGGUCAUCAAAGAAUCCACUCUACAUUCGAAUAACGUCACGGCAACAACGAACGGCUGUCCAAUGUAUUUUAUAAAUCUGCGUGACUGAAGAAGACCAAACUUCAAAUGUAAAUGCUGAAAAUGGAGGUGUGUGUAUGACUGGCAGACUAAAACGAGUCCUACAACAGGCUUUUCUACACGGAUGUCCUGUUUCAAUUAAAUGUGCGAAAUACUGUAUGUACCGUGACAAAUUGACAAAUGUUCCGCCUUCUCGCCCGGGUUCAAAAUUGGCGCUAGUGAAUGAUUGAAUGAGACUUUGUCCCUCCCGCUCGCAUUGUCACAGCACACUAAUUCACCACUGGGUCGACUUCCAAAAUGGCAGCCGUGUCGAGAGGCUCGUGACAUCCCGAAAAAAAAGAAAAAAUAACAAUUUAUAGUCUCACGCUGGGUUAGGCUAAUCCAGGCUAGGGAUUGGCUAAAUUUGGGGUUUGCGUCAGGGUUCGCGGUUUCAGUUAGGGGGUGGAGGUCAUGUUCAGAGUACUUCUUCGUACCUGCCAGAAAACCAAAAUGUUGCCUCAGCAAGUUAAUCAAGUCGCUCACAUUAGGUUUUGGUUUGGGUUUAGCAUAAAGCUGUUGUUCUCAAAUUCAUUAGACCAAGUACUAUCUCAAAAUACACUGAACUCGUCAUGACUAACAUUAAAAUUCAGUUGCGUAGACUCAUAAAAUGUAUAUAUAGUAGUAUCGUAAACCACUGCAACAUUAAGCACCGUUUAAACAUGAACAUGGUGCUUGGGUAUAGGAAACUACUACUUAAAACACCGAAAAUAAAAUGUGAAUUUUCCCAAUAGUUUUCAAAACAAGCAGUUCUAACACAUGAAAUGCAAUUAUUGUACUUUAGUUAAAUACAAGUAAACGAUAAUUCAUGUAGUUUUGUACUGGAUUAAAAAAAUGAAAAAUAAAAAAAACACUUAAGUCAUAGUAAUAUGCCAAGGUUAUACAUUUAAUUCCAUUAACUGGAAACUCUAAAUUGCCCCUCGGUGUGAUUGUGAGUGCGACUGUUGUUCGUCUCCAUGUGCCCUGCCAUUGGCUGGCAACUGGUUCAGGGUGUACCCCGCCUCCUGCCCGUUGACAGCCAGGAUGUGCUCCAGCACUCCCGCGACCCUCGUGUGGAUAAGCGGCUCAGAAAAUGGAUGAACAUUUAAUUCAGUUAAUUUGUUUACCGCUAGAGGGAGCCCUUAUACCGCCCUGAGACUCAAUCACAGGGUAAAGGUCAGAGGUCGGUUAUGGCUAGUGUUUAAAGUACCUCAGAUUACUGAUCAAUAGGCUCAAUUCUUCCCCUAGAAAAGUGUCACUUUUAUUUUCAUAACAUAAUGAAGAUGACUUUUCAAUGCUGUAUUGGGAGUUUUAGCACUUUGGGUAUUCGGAUCAUUUUUAGUUGGGCUAAGCACAAGCUUUUUUUUUUUUUUUUUUUUUUUUUUUGCUGAAAAGCACACAAGAAAGAAAACAGGGUGACUGGCAGUUCUGGAAACUUCCGUAUAAGAUGAGCGCUAAAACAGCAACACUCACAUGGUGCAAAUUUUCACAUAGUUGGUCAUAAAUUGUGUCAUCCUAAUUUUCCAUUUCAUCUGAUACUUACGGUUUUGGCUCUUGCACUCGUCGGGAUGGACAUUUGAUCGGCCAAGAGAAAAAAUUCAUCGUUUGUUAGUUUUUGGAAAACGCUUUUAAUUGGAUGGAAAUCAGAUUGAUCGCUGAAGUCUAAACACUUAUUUCCGUGACGCUGUUAACGUUGAAUAGAAAAACAGUGCCCGGAGGACUCAAUUCCCAUUGCUGACGUCAUAUUUUCCUCUCUAGACAGAAAAAUGAUUUUCAACAGAGCGAUGACAAAGUGCAUUUUACCUCAAUUGCAGCAAUCAAUUCCACACUUUUGACCAAAUUCUUUAUGAUCACUCCGUCGACUAAUCAAUCAUUAUGCCCGUGCCAAAUUAAGAAUGUAUUCGAAAACAGAGGCCAUGUUGUUAACCCCCCCCCCAAUGAUUCUACAGUGAAGAAAAUAAGUAUUUGAACACCCUGCUAUAUUGCAAGUUCUCCCACUUGGAAAUCAUGGAGGGGUCUGAAAUUUUCAUCAUAGGUGCAUGUCCACUGUGAGAGAGAUAUUCUAAAAAUAAAAAUCCAGAACUUGAGCACCGUUGAUCGCGUCAGUGAUUAUGCGACGCCUACUCCUUAAAAUGCAUCUUACUUUUGAAUAUGUGUGGACAUUUCCUUCACGCUGCCGCGGCUGCUUUAGAGCGCCUCGUUGUCACAGCAUGGAAACCCCACGGUCACGACACUUGCUGCUGUGUCAAAUUUAGAAGAUAUUUUCUUUUCACUUUACAGGAACUUUAAGGCAGAAUCCCAUUAAAGGGGAAUAUUUUUAUGACAAUCAUUUAUAAUCGCGCAGAAUGUGCAAAAUUAGCCUCCAAAAUUCAGGGAUGGGUAACUUUUUUUUUUUUUUGUCGCUUGCCACGUUGUCGUCUUAAGACAGCAGCAAACUAACAAGUCGAAUCGAUCGUUUCCGAGACGCAACUAAUCAAUUGAAUUGAUCGACGCUCGCACCCAUCCCCGUUGUCAAAGUGGACGGAGGUAAAGUUUGUUUCACUUCUUCCCGGUGAAGAAGACAAACAACUCGAAAAAAAAAAAGGGAAAUCAUUGAAGAAAAAUGACUGGAUCACUUUAUUUGUUGCUUGCUUGAACUAAUGUGUGUGCUGGUGUGAUGAAAGAAAAUUAAAGAGGGGUGGGGGUCAAAGGUCAUUUUUACUUGCCAGAGAGAUUAUUUGGGAGAUUUUAACACAUUUUGAAUGAGAUGAAAAAAAUCCCUGUUGGAGCUUGUUUUUUUUUCUUUCCCAAAAUCAGUCAUCAUCAUCAUCAUCAUCGUCGGACUGGACUAUCAAUUGAAAGGAUUGGUCGCUUCCUUCAGUGCUGGUGUGUCGUCGCGCUUGUACAUAUUUGUCUCUUUUCAAUCACACACACAACCGCCCCCCCCCGUCUUUUUUUUCCUCUCUCAGGGGGCCAGGGGGAGGUCACGAAAUAAACGAGGGAGGGGAAAGAAUAUUUUGUUAUUGUCCAAUCAGAGGGUGACAGUAUGUAUAUAUCUAUAUUGUAUAUAUGUGAUGAAAAUGCGUCGGCUUUUUUUUUUUUUUUUUGGUGUGUGUGACACUACCUUUUACCUGUACUUUGUUUCUACAUUCAGUGUUUCAGUGUUGCUAAUAUAUAUUUGGUUUGUGUUUCAUUGUUUUUAUUCCGUCUUUGUCAUUUCUCGUUUGUUCUCCUAUUCCCCCACCCCCGCCGCCCACCCCCCCUUUUUUUUUUUAAUUGCACGAUUUAUUACUUUUGCUGUCUGAUGAGUUGACACGGCUACUCUUUGUAUACGUUUAGUGCUGUAAAGUGUUAUUAGAAUCGUCAAUACCACCGGAACCCGUACCCGAGCCUCCUCCUUGCCCAAUAUGCAUGAAUGGCACUUAAAAGAAAUAAAAUAU